AUGGAAAAGCUACGCUUUGAUGCAGAAGUUGAAAAUGAGAUGAUAGAGACAGCAUUCAGGGAAAGAGCUAUGGAAAAGCUAUUGCAAAUGAAUGUCCCACCAUUCACUGCGGUAGAUAUGGAGCUUGCUCGUUCAGAAAAGGAAAUAUCGAAAUGUCUUUCUAUUUUAGAAAGAGAGCAGAAGACGAGAGAGCUUGUGCAAUCAAAGAGAGAGCAGAGGAAAAAGAAGCAUACUAAGAAGAAUCAGAAGAAGGUAGAAGACAAAGAGAAUUAUAAGAGUGUAUUCAAAAAGAUACACAAAAAGUUCCAUAAAAAGAAAUAA